AUGACGCCGCCCACACGCUUCAGCUCAGCAAGGUGCGGCAGCAGGCCUGCCGUUGUCCGCAAGCCAACUUUUCGCGACGACUCCAGCCUGGUUGGUUUCCGCUACGACAAGACCGUCGCCGCCGAGCCGCCCAUUCACAUCACCCCGUCGCCGCGCCAGGCCACCACCGUCACUCCCGCGUCCGCACGUCCCAGGCCGUCGCCGCUGCAGCGCUCGUCGUCCAGCUCGACCACGACGUCGUCUUCGGGGUACUCGUGCGCGGCGUCCAUCUCCGCCGUCUCGCUGGCCGGGACCGCGGCCACCUCUAUCCACGGCGCCAGCGGCGUCAUCGUCGUUGCGCCGCCGCCGUCGCGCCUGAGCUUGCCCGUCGUGGCGCCCCCGACGGAGCAGCACCCCGCGCUGCGCUCCCCGCGACAGCCUUUGCUCGACGAGUGGAAGCGGGAUUCUGGCCAUGGCAGCGCCAUCAUCAAGGACACGAUUCUCGAGGAGGAGCGUUUCGACGUGGCCGGGCAAGUCAACGAUAAAAAUGACGACGACGAUGACUGCUUUGUCGAGAAGCGGCGGCGACGGUCCAAUGACGCCAUUUCGGCAGCAGCCUCUCACCAACAAAGCCCUGCGUUGGUAAAUUAUACCAGCUCUGCUGCUAUUUCUGGCAAUGCCAAACCGCGCCGCCAAAGCUUAAAUGAGGUGCGGGCUGCCGCGGCCUGCACCGCCAGGCUGGGCGCUAGCACUGCUGCUAAUAACAGCGCCUGUGCCACUGAAACGCCCACUAAUAAUAGCGAUAGCCUUGUGGCUGUUACAGCCGCUGGGGCCUCUCAGAUGAGGACAGCGUCUGUUAUUGCUCCCCUCGAUCUGGCCUUUCCUACCUCUUUCUCGUCCUCAUCCUCCCCUUUUUCUCCCUCUUCCUCCUCGAAACAUCCUGCUGCUGCCGCCAGCAUUACCGCCACCGACUUCCUUCCCGUCCUUGCCUCGCCGCCUCCUUUGCCCGCCCGCUCUCCGUCCCGCCGCGGCAAGAUAUUCAAGCGACACAGCCUGCGCCUCCCCUUUUGGAGCGGCCCCCGCGACGACGGCGCCACUACGGCUUACCCUCAACACGAGCACGCGCCCGCGCCGACAACAACCCCUCGACGUUGGCACAGCGUCUCCCAAGUGGGGGGCGGCUCGACUGCUGGUCAAAGUAAUCGUAGGCAUACAAGCCCUGCUGUUAUUUCUAGCCCUGCCCGCCACGAAAAGACCGUUGCCGACCUUGGUCCUGGUACCACGACCCUGGCCCCAGCCCCCGCCAAGCUUCAGCCACUGCCAGAGCCAGCCGUGUCCCCUGCGCAGAGCUCCUCCCGAUCGCCGCAGGCCAUGUCGUCUUCUUCUUCUGACCCCGACCGCGACAGCGCCGCCGACUUUUCACCCCUAGGCAUUGACAUUCCCACCGAGAGCCUGCUGGAUGACGAUUUUCUCUCGUCUCUACAUUUUUCCAAGCGCGGCAGCCUCAUGUUUGACCCCGACAACAUCGGCGCCAUGCACCGCCUGUCCCUCACCGAAGACGACCGCAGCGCUACGCACACCCAGCCCUCGUCCGUCGCCGCCGCCGUGCACCGGCCUGCCACGUCGCCGGCUAGCUGCGUCGCCGGCCAAGACGAGAUUCGUGUGUCGCCGCCCCGUGCCGCAUCGCCCGUGCCAGACAUCCAGCUCAUGACCCCCGACGUCGAACAAGAGUCGCAAAAAGUCAGGCAGCUGUAUGCCUUGGGCGACACCAGCGCGUCUUUACGAGACAGACACUCGUACUGCGACCGCUUGGAGCCACACCCCGAGGUCCUGACCGAAGACGACGAGUCCGCUGCAAACGGAAAUACUCUCGCACCAGCUUCUUCCGUUCCAAGAUCCGUAAGCUCUUCGUCGCAGUACAAUAAUGGCCAUCCUGCCGCAAAGGAACCCGCCGACCCGGCCGGCGGCCUUGAGGAUUGGGACGACCUCGACAGCACCAUGGUCGACCGUUAUGGCUUCAUUGGCACUCCGCGCAGCCACUCGCGCGUUGGCACACCUACCGACUCGCGCUCCUUGCACCACUCGCCCCGUCGCCGCAACGUCCUUUACAAGCGCGACCCAAUGGGCUUCACCUCCUCCCACAGCGGUGGACGCCUGCCCAGCCGCAAAGUCUCGGCGCGCUCAUUGAAUACCCAACACUCUCAAGCUUCGCUCGUCUCGUUUCGCUCCUCGCGCUCCGUCAUUCGCCAGGCCGGCAACCUGCUUCCGCAGAAUAGAAAUCGUCGGUGGAUGGACGAGGCCGGCGACAUGCUGACCGUAUCGCCGAACCUGCAAGACAGCGUCGAGGAGGCACGCGUCGAAAAGAUAUCCGAGGCCCUCAAGCGCAAGGAAAUUGAACGGUCCGAAAAGUGGCGGCGCAUGGCUCGCGUCACGCGCAAGGGGGAGCAGGGCCAAGGCAUGGAGUUUGACUUUGACACCAAGAAUCCCAAGCUCAUCGAGCGCACAUGGAAGGGCAUCCCCGAUCGCUGGCGCGCCGCCGCCUGGUGGUCUUUUCUCGCAACUUCGGCCAAAGAGCACCCGGGCUCUGCCACUCAGGAGGAAAUUACCGCCGCCUUUCAUCGCCUACAAGACAGCGCCUCGGCCGACGACAUCCAAAUCGACCUUGACGUGCCUCGGACCAUCAGCCGCCACAUCAUGUUUCGACGACGGUACCGCGGCGGUCAGCGUCUCCUGUUUCGUGUCCUCCAUGCUCUAUCACUAUACUUUCAAGAAACGGGCUACGUCCAGGGCAUGGCUUCGCUGGCGGCGACGCUUCUCUGCUACUUUGACGAGGAAAAGACGUUUGUCAUGCUCGUGCGCAUGUGGCAGCUGCGAGGGCUCGAGCGCCUCUACCAGCCCGGCUUUGAGGGCCUCAUGGCGGCGCUGCGCGAGUUCGAGACCACCUGGCUCCACAAGGACGUUGCCCGCAAAAUGGCUGACCUGGGCAUCGACAGCACCGCCUACGGCACACGCUGGUACCUCACGCUGUUUAACCUCUCGAUCCCCUUUGCCGCGCAGCUGCGCGUCUGGGACGUGUUCCUGCUCCUGGGCGACGCCGCCCAGGGCGAGUUGCCUCCAACACCCGCCGCAGCCGCCGCGGCGGAUUCGCCGACGCCGAAACCGACGAGCACUACGAGUCACCUGUCCCUGCCAUCCAUGACCAAGGAAAAGUCUGCAACAACGGCGCCGAGCAGCAGCAGUAGCAGCAGCGGGCUCGAUGUCCUGCAUGCGACGAGCGCGGCCAUUAUACAGGCCCUCCGCGAGGUGCUACUCGAUUCCGACUUUGAAAAUGCAAUGAAGGCACUCACGGCGUGGAUUCCUGUCAAGGAUGAGGACCUACUCAUGAAGGUGACGAGGGCCGAGUGGAAGACUCAGCUUAAGAAACGGUCAUGA